CACAGCCAAGUGGCAAGGAUAUUCACACUGGACGAUGAUCAAUACGACGAGCUCCACAUCGAUAAGUAGUUUCGUUUUUACAUGCUCAUCAGAGAGGUAUUAAAUAUUGAGCAGUUGCCACGGUGAAAGCUUCCGCGGUUUACAACUAAUUCUAUUUCGGUUGAUAUUUUUGCUGAACUACUCAAACUGUAGACGUAUGUCUUUUAGAAAAAUUAAGUUAAAGGCAAAAAUUCUUUUAAAUAAAUCAAAAUGCUUUUCGCUGUAAGUUUAAGGCUAUUUGAUAUCGGAUCCCAUAACUAUUAACGGUGACCAAUUUCCCUAUUUUACAGAAAAGUUCGUCCGUUUCGUGAAAAUUUUGCGCAAGCAUCAGUAGGAAAAUUCGGGAAAACGGCACAAAAUCUUCAAAAUUUAUCUGAGAGUUUCUAAAGUUUUCCUUAGAUAGGGGGAUACUAGACAGCACAAAAUGUUAUUUGUUGUAAUAAAAACCGUACUUGAAAGACACUUAAGUUUUUCUCGAAGUUCUUGAAAAUGUCCUCAAUUCCACGUGUGUCAAGUUAGUUGACAUGAAAAAGAAAGGGAUAAUACUACGUUUCUUUUUGUCUGCUCACAAUGACAGAUGAUUCAACGUCUUCACCCGAAGAUGACAUUUUCGUAGAUAAAGGAGAACUCUUGCGAGAAGAAUACGCUAACCUAAGCAAUGAGAUUGAAGCAAUUUCCGAAGAAAUAUUAGACAUACAAAGUGAAUUAAUACUUACUGAGCAUUCUAUCCAAGAACAAGAAGUUAAGAAUAAUGAAUAUAACUCGUAUUUGGAGAAAAAGCAGUCGAAACGUUUGAAAAAUACAAUAACGUUAGAAGAUUAUUAUUUGUUUACUGUGAAUGAAUUAGAGAGAGAUAGAGAUGAAAUGUUGACUAUGUAUGCUAAAAAAAAGUCUGAAUUGCAGGAUGUUUUACUACAGGAGAAAAAACUCCUGAAACAUGUCAAAGAAGAAUUAGUAUCAACAGCAGAUAUUCAAUUAAUUCGUAAAAAACAAGAAGCAGAAAUUGAACGUUUAGAAAAAGAAAUAAGAGCUACCCGCAAUUACCAAUCAGAAAAACUUCAACAGUUUAAAGAGAUAUCUAAACAAAAACAUUUGGAGUUGGAAAAAGAAGCUAAGAUUAUCUUGGAUAACGUGACUGAAAAAAGUAAAAAGAUUUCAAACAAACUGAUCGUUGAACAUGUUAAUAAGAUAUGUAAAGAAAAUGAGGAAUUGUAUAAGGAUAUCCUAAAUAAAUCAGAAUUAAUAAAAGCUAUGGAAGCAGAAAAAUCGAACUUGGAGAAACAAAAUGAAGAGGUCAGACAUAAUCAGGUGUUUUCCAAGGACCUGGAGUAUGUUGAAUAUAAACGUUGCGAAGGCUUGUCACAACUGAAAAGUUUAUCAUCACAGAAAUAAAGCAGCAUUAAGUUGUCAUCUAUUUUUAAAAGCAAACAGACUUUUUAAAAAAUGCUGUUUCCAUCAUUCUACUUUUGUGUAAUUAGUUUUCUUUACGGAUUUGAGUAGAGCCAGAGUAGCAUUAGACUCAGAAUACUAUGAAUUCAUUAUA